UCAUUUGAACAGAUUCUGAGCUUCUGAAAGUCUUCAUACAGCUUAAUGUUAGAUUUUAUCCACAAAGCCAACAUGAGGAUGAAAGGCUACAUUGUUCUUUUGGUGCAUCUUGCACUUUCUUCAGGACUCUCCAUCCCUGGAGUAGAUAUAGAAAUAGGCGCGUUUGAAGAAAACGGGAUAAAAGAAGAUUUGACUCUUGACGACAUUCGGGAGCCUCCAAACCUUCAAAGGAGCACCCUUCUUUCUGGAGAUAAACUAUGGACAUCCCCAGUUCCAUAUGUCUUGGAUAAAGGCCUGGACUUGAAUGCUAAAGGAGUCAUCAUGAGAGCCUUUGAACAGUUCAGACUGAAGUCAUGCAUUGAUUUCAAACCGAGGGAUUCUGAGGAAUAUUACAUUAACAUCCAGAAGUCAGACGGUUGCUGGUCAUAUAUUGGUCAAAUAUUCUCCAAUGGUCAGAAUCUCUCUAUCGGUGAAGGCUGUGACUACAUUGGGAUUGUCGAGCAUGAGCUUUUUCAUGCUCUUGGUUUCUACCAUGAACAGUCUAGAUAUGACAGAGAUGAUUUUGUACGGAUUGAAUUAGCCAACAUCCAAGCAGGUAAAGAGCAUAAUUUUGACAAGGCUAGCAGUAGUGUGAGCACUACACAUGGAGUCCCAUAUGACUACAUGUCGGUGAUGCACUAUGGCAAAAAUGCAUUCUCAAAUGGCAAAGGCUCUACAAUUAUCACCAUCAACCCCAAAUUCCAAGAUAUGAUUGGUCAAAGGCUGGAAAUGAGUCCUAGUGAUGCUCUAGAGCUGAACCUUCGCUACAACUGCAAGUCAACUGUUGCAUUUAAUUCUUACUGUGGCUUUUCGAAUGGAUCGAUGUGCCAAAUGAGCCGCUGCUCACAAGGUGGGAUUAGCUGGGAAGUUGUUACUCAAGUUCCUGGGGGCCCCAGUUCUGACCAUACCAGUCUGCCAAGUGGAAAUGGAGACAACGGUAAUGAAACUGGGUACUUCAUCCAUGUGAGCACAACAUCAGGACAAGAGGGAGAUUCAACUCUACUGGAAACCAAGAUAGUGAAACCUACCAGGGCAUGUAAUGUCCAGUGUCUGCAGUUCUACUAUUUCCACAGUGGAAAUAAGUUAGAUGAACUUAAUAUCUGGAUCAGAGAGUUUCAAAAUGAGCAGGACAUCACAGGAACUCUUCGCCUAAUGGGACAAAUUAUUGGUUCACGAACAUCUCAUUGGAAGCUCCACCACGUUUCCUUGAAUGCCACCAAGGACUUCCAGGUUGUGUUUGAGGUUCGGAAAGGAGCAGGAAACUCCACAGGAGGUUUCUCAAUUGAUGACAUCAAUCUCUCAGAGACAGAGUGUCCACACUUUGCCUGGCAGAUUGAUGACUUGGAGGUUCUUUUAAACACAAACAGCUAUGGAGCCAGUAUGACCAGCCCACGACAAUUCUCCAAAGACGGCUAUGCAUACCGUCUAGUUGCUGUACUUUCCAAAACAUAUGUUUCAAUGUUCGUGCAGCUCUUGUCUAGUAAGAAUGAUGACCAGCUGCAAUAUCCUUGUCUGCAAAGACACAUGAUUUUCCAGUUGAUGGAUCAAACCCCGAACAAGCAACUGCAAAUGUCCAAGCAAUAUAGUUUUGUUUCUGAUGAAAAGGACGUAUUUUCUGGUUUCUCUGUCUGGGACAAUCCCAGGAAUACUAUAUAUGGAUUAUUUUAUGAGAAUGGAGAAAUAAUCUAUAAUGGGCCUUUCUGGGAUUACAACAAUAUUGUAACAUUAGAAGAAUUGCAAUCCAGAGAGUUCCUCAAGGGAGGAACUGCCAUUUUCAUGUUCAACUUUGAAGAUCUCACCCCACUAAUCAAUGGAACAACUUUACCAUGUCCUCAGUUAAAACCAGUGAGGAUAACAAAUCCUCCACCAAAUCAGAAUGAAAGUCCAUGCUCUGCACGAGUAUCCCCAAGCAUCAACCCACCUUCUACAUCACCAGAAGACAGCAUUUUUGGCUUCUGUCCUGGUAUGGUGGCCUCUCCCAUCCUCACUGUCCUGCUGGCGAUGAUCCCUCUACUGUCAUGAUGCACGCCUCCCAAAUAAAUAGGCAGCAAAAAUGAUUAGACAUUUUUCCCAGUUAUGCAUAUAUGUUAUAAUGACAGAGCAGGUUGUCAUUUUGCCCAAAUAUUGUGAAUUCUUUGUUCAACAACAAACUGGGAAACUGUGUAUUACCUUAAGAAAUCAACAUAUAUAUAUAUAAAGCCUGAACUUGUAGCUUCUAUUCAACAAUUUCUGGUAAGGGGACUUCAUUUGUACCAUUUAUAUACAUGCAGAUUUUUGAAUAUUGCAGCAAAAGCUUGUUUGAAGUAUGAUUUUGUUUUAUGAUAACAGGUACACCUAUUCACAGCUCUUCAAUUUCUGAAUCAAAUCCAUAAUAUUCUGUUUGAAAAUUAAAUAUUUUCACAAAUAUUUAAUCACAUGCUAAUUUAAACAUGGGUACUUGGUGGCUUAAUGGUAAAGGACAUAUUUUAAUUAGAUAUGUGUGAUAUUUUGCUUUGGAAAAGCUGAACAAGUGAAUUAAACUAAGAAAAAUCCA